CCUCCUUUCUUUUCCUUCUUGUCCUACUUGAUUUAGAGGUAAUUCACAUUCGCGAAAAGUAGCAGCGGCUCCAAGCAAAAUGAAGACAGAACGCAGAAAGAAUCGGGCGAAAUUGAUGUUAAAAAUUGGGCAGUUGGGUUUUGGGGAGGACCACAUCCCUCCCAAAUCCUACAGCCCAGAUGUAGUGACCUCUACUGCAGUCUAGCAACGGAGGAACCGGGCACCUGGAUAUCCAAAGGCAGCCCAAGGCUGCCAGCUCUUCGGCCCUUGGAACUGCUGUUAAGCCCCUCAGGGUAGCCCCGCAGCUACGGUACAGCGCUUCCGGGAGAGAGGUGCCGCCCUGCCGGGGAUCUACCAGGAGGCCGGCGCGGAAGGAAGAGAAGCCACGAAGGCGAUUUGCUCCAGACACAGCCACACAUCGCUCUUUGUUGUCACGGGGGCCGAGGCGCCUUUCCACAUGAGUCACCUUUCCCGUCCGGAAGGUCAAAGCUGGGUCCGACCGUGUCGAGCGACGCGGAAUGCACGAGGAAGGCAGGGUUGGGACGACAGUUGGGGGGGGGGGGGUUCGAGGGACGAGACGCCGCCGCCGCCGCCGCCGGUUAGGAGCCUUCGGUGCCAAAGCCUUUAGUCCCAACGGGGGAGACUUUCCGGAGCAAGGAGGAAAGACCCAGACGGCAGAUUACAACUUCGCUUCCCUGAGGGCUCCGAGCUCUCUUUCUCACACCCCCAUUUCUUUCCCUCAAGAGCAGGUGCUUUCUCGUCUCCCACCCUCCGCCUCACCUCAGCAGCGGCCACACGACCUCGCUCUCCCACACCCACGUUUUUGGCGCGCUCUCCCUCCUUUUCCCCCUGCCGGGCACCUUCUUUCUCUCCCCCCACGCGCUCCGCGGUUCUCGCACGAGCGCUGAGCGGCGAUCACAAAAGCCCCACUGGAAGGCUAAGGGGAGGCCGCCUGUAGCUCUCUUGGCGACGGGCAGUUGCCGUCGGCCGAGCCUUUUCAGCCCCCCCCCCCAUCAUCUCGCUGGCUUGUUCUCGCCUCGUUUCCCAAACCGCUCGUUGUUGCUGUUUUGUGUUGGGUGGGGGGAAUCGCCCCGCUUUUAACUCCCCACCCACGCCCCAAGGACAAAUCCCCUCCCUCGGUUGCCUUGGGAAGGAAGGGAGAGGGAGGUUGUGUGUGUGUCUGUGUGUGUGACGGGGUGUCGGCAAGGGUGGGACUGAAGUGCUUUGAUGAAGUCUUUUUCUCUCAGGAGCCAAAGCGUGCACUUUCCAGAUGCUGCUUUCCGAAGCACUCGGCGGCAGCUCUGACGAGGAGGAGGAAGACGCGGCGGUGACCCGAGCGAUGGAAGCGGCAAUUCCCAUUGCCGCCGCCGCCGCCAUGGAGAACCAGGCAUGAGCUGAGUCGAGUCGUCGAGGCAGUAUCGCAAUCUAGACAACCCGCCACAGCCGCGGUGGCUGCUGCUUGUUGCUGCGCUCUUGGUUCGGUCCGAAGCCGUGAGAGGGCUUCAGGUGUGGGGUGACCUCGUGACUUUUUCCGUCCUUUGCCCUUGGCCGUAGGGCGAUGGAUUCGCGCCUAGGCUGAGGAGCUCAAGCCCGGCGCCCUUUCCGCGGAGCUUGAGUCGGGCGCGCGAGGGAAGCGCGGGUCGGAGAGGCCAUGGCCGCGGCCAUCGCCAGCGGUUUGAUUCGCCAGAAGCGCCAAGCGCGCGACUUGCAGCACUGGGACCGGCCCUCGGCCAACAGGCGGCGCAACAGCCCCAGCAAGAACCGCGGACUUUGCAAUGGCAACCUGGUGGAUAUCUUCUCCAAGGUCCGCAUCUUUGGGCUCAAGAAGAGGAGGUUGCGGCGCCAAGAUCCCCAGCUCAAGGGCAUAGUGACCAGGUUAUAUUGCAGGCAAGGCUACUACUUGCAAAUGCACCCAGAUGGAAGUCUCGAUGGAACCAAGGAUGACAGCACUAAUUCUACAUUGUUCAACCUCAUACCAGUGGGACUUCGAGUUGUUGCUAUCCAGGGUGUAAAAACAGGCUUGUACAUAGCCCUAAAUGGAGAAGGAUUCCUUUAUACAUCAGAACUUUUUACCCCAGAAUGUAAGUUUAAGGAGUCUGUUUUUGAAAAUUAUUAUGUAAUCUACUCAUCGAUGCUGUAUAGACAGCAAGAGUCAGGUAGAGCCUGGUUCUUGGGACUCAACAAAGAAGGACAAGUCAUGAAAGGCAACAGAGUGAAGAAAACAAAACCAGCAGCGCAUUUUCUACCGAAGCCAUUGGAAGUUGCCAUGUACCGAGAACCUUCUCUACAUGAUGUUGGAGAAACAGUGCCAAAGGCUGGGGUGACACCAAGUAAAAGCACAAGUGCAUCGGCAAUAAUGAAUGGAGGUAAACCAGUGAACAAGAGUAAGACCACAUAGCCAGAGCCUCGUGGAUGUUGUGACUUACUGGACUCUCUUAUGUACAGCUGAGCACUUUAUCCUUCCAAGACUAUCCCACUCUGGUGUCUGCGGACUGGCUGGAAGCAAGCAAGGGCUUGCUCUGUGCUCCUUCCAAAUCUGUAACUCCUCCCACAGCAAAGUCUUUUGGAUGACCAGCUGAACUCCGACCAUAGAAUGCCCUACCAGAUAUGGAAUGCCUUUUAAUCUCUUUUCUGUGACUGUGACACCUCAUGUGAAUGGCAUACUUCACAAGUACACUUGAUAUCUUGCCUGCUGACAGUUACCCAUAAUUCCCCCUUUGGAUCCCAGGAAACCCCCCGUGUUUUAAGUUCAAUUUUGUAGCCCACAGAAUAAUAACAAGUAAUUUCUAGAUAGAUGCUGUAAAACCUGUGCUAUUAUGGAUUUUUUCUUCCUCCCCUUUUUUAUGAGGCUGCUUGCUCCGCUGUCUGUGUGACUCCUUUGCAGGGAUUAUGUUUUGCUCAGAUUGAAGUGUUGCUGAUGGCUUGGUUUUGGAAAGCAAUCGGAGAAUUAGGGGAGCCUUCAAAACCCUGUUAGGGAUCAUACCUGUAAAAGAUAGGAUCAUUGCAAAUAAGGAUUCCGCCUGAAUAUAGUACAGUAUGUUCCCGAGGAGGGAAAAGCAUCACACGUGGCUAGUCAACAAUCUUUCAAGGCCAAUGUUUGAUAUCCCCUGUGUGUGCGUGUGUGUGUUUUAUACAUAUCACAGACUUACUGGUAAUGGUAACAUUUGCCUUGCCCAGCGAGCAAGACCCACAUAUUUUUAAGGAAGUGGGUCCAAAGAACUCUGUAGGCCUUGUAGGCCUGAAUUAAGGCUCAUUUUUCAUCUACUAGUACUCAUUAUCUGAAA